CAUUUUAUUAUGCUGAUUGGAGAAGAGGGAAGAUUUUCACCUCUUUUGGCAGUCAAAAAGGAUUUGAAGAGUUGUACAUUGUAUGCUGGCAGAAGAAACCCUUGCAAUUUCUGAUGGUAUUAACAAUGUCAUUUAUUUGGCCAUACUCUAUACUGAGCUUGCCCAUGUUGAUGCAAAGAACACCACUCUACGAAUAACUUGUGUCACAGACAGCUACUGUGGUUAAUGCCAUCAAAUCCACCAAGUUAGCGACAGAGAAGAAGCUUCGUCUAGAGGUAAUCAGCAUCAUGAAACUAGUCCAAGCACAGAAAAUUCAUCACAUACUAUGGUCAACUGCAAAGGAACAACUAGCUGACUAUUUCACAAACAAGGGAUCACCAGCUCUUAUGCUGAUGAAGGCACUUUAUGUGAAGGCAUUUGGUAUCUUGAGAACUGUUUCAAUAUCAAGGGUUAGAAUGUUCGGUUUAAUAUGGCUCCACCAAAGACAUGCGACAGCUUACGAGUAGUUCAAAGCAAAGGAAUUCGAUUAAAAACUAUUAUGACACUUUUUUUGAAGUAAAUUGUGGUAAACUAUCACUGCAAGCAAUGUCGAGCAGCAGCCGCCGCCGAAGGGGCAGACUGAGAGGUGGAGAGAGCACGCAUCAGCACCAUGUCUGAGGAAGGAAAGUUACUCAUUGGCGGCCUCAACUUUGAGACGGAUCAGCAGGUGCUGGAGGAGGUGUUCUGCAAGAACGGGCAGAUCUCCGAGGUGCGCUUUAUCAAGGACAGCGACACCCAAACGUCCUGUGGCUUCAGCUUCAUCACCUUUGAGAACCUGUGUGAUGCCCACGAUGCAAAACAGGCAAUGAAUGGCAAGUCUCUGGACAGCUGCCAGCUCCAGGUGGACCACGCUGAGAAGAAGUUGGGAUGCGUCGGUGGCUAUGGCGGAGGAGGAUGAAGUUAUGGCCGCAGGCGAGGUGGUGGAUACGGCGCCCGGCAGUGUGACUCAAGGGACAACGUCUACUGCCAUGAUGGCUACUCCCGUUUUAUUGUGUUCAGUUCUGGUCACCUCAUUAUAGGAAGGAUGUGGAAGCUAUGGAGAGGGUGCAGAGGAGAUUUACCAGGAUGUUGCCUGGUUUGGAGAACAAGUCAUAUGAAGCAAGGUUAGCAGAGCUGGGACUUUUCUCUUUGGAGCGUAGAAGAAUGAGAGGGGACUUGAUAGAGGUCUACAAGAUUAUGAGAGGCAUAGAUAGGGUGGAUAGUCAGUACCAGUUUCCCAGGGCACCAAUAGCAAACACCAGAGGGCAUAUGUACCAAAUUAAGGGAGGAAAGUUUAGGGGAGACAUCAGGGGUA